CAAUUUAUUUCACACACAUUUUGAAGCAUUUGGAUAUAAACAAUAUUGUCGGCGUUCAUUAAAUAUCAGUGAACAAAUUAGAAUAAUUUAUUUAAUUUUAAAAUAAUCACAGUUUCAAAAAAAAAUUAAACAUGUCACACACAAUUUUGUUAGUACAACCUGGUGGAAAUCCAGAAACAAGAACAUAUUCGGACUAUGAAUCAGUAAAUGAAUGUAUGGAAGGUGUUUGUAAAAUAUAUGAAGAACAUUUAAAGAAACGGAAUCCGAAUACGCCAACCAUAACUUACGAUAUUUCACAGUUGUUCGAUUUCGUAGAUCAGUUAUGCGACCUUAGUUGUUUGGUUUAUCAAAAAUCCACAAACAGCUAUGCCCCAUACAAUAAAGAUUGGAUCAAAGAAAAAAUAUAUGUACUUCUUCGUCAAGCAGCGAGAUACCCGGAAUAAGACCACGAAUCAACCAUUAAAUAAUUAAUUGAAUCAAAUAAAUUAAGUUAAUUUAUGAAAAAUUAAAAACAGAAAAUCUAACAAUUUAUUUUGUAAGCUUAAAUGUGAGACCUAUAUUACGUAUAAAUAUUUUUUUUAUUUUUAUUUUUUUUCGAAUAUAUUUCUAUUUUGAAACAAUAGACAUAAAAAAUUGGAUAGAAUUUUUUCUCUAGAAAUACUUUUAUAGUCGAGAAUUUCUCUUUUAAGAGGCGUUAAAGGCUGG